AUGCGCUCGCGCAUCACCCCUGAUAUGAGAAGGAAACUGGAUGACCAAUGGACCUUAUUGAAAGAGAAGUUGUUUGUUUCCUCUGAAGGCACGGCAGAGCUCUCCGAUGACCCAAAAGAGGAAGAUAAAUCUGACGAUGAGGCAUGUCAUGAUAAUCCAUCUAACAAUAUGCCUUCAGUUGAGCCGUUAUCUGAUCCUGGAUUGCCCGAGGAUAGUCCAUACGAGGGAGAAUGCUCUGAUGAUGAACGGUCUGAUGAUGGAUUGCUCGAUGAUCCAUCCUUUAACGAUGAAUCGUCCAAUAACAGUUCGUCCCAAAGUCAUGGGUUCUGGCAAUAUAUCUGCGAUAUCUGUUCUAAGGUCUGGGAUGGUAUCAAGACUGGAUUUCAAAAGGUCUUUGAUGAAAUCAAAUCCACGUGUGCUUUGUUAUGGGAUAUUCUAUGUGAGGCUGGCAGCUGGGUCAAGGAGCAUCUGGAUAAUUUUCUCUCCAAGAUCACGCAGAUAUUUCUGGGGUCCAAUCGGUAA